AUGGGCGUCCUGCUUUAUCGGAAGCAGGAGGCGCUGUUUCGAUUUCGCUCGGUAUACUACAUGCUGCUCUUCCGGCCAAUGGUGCUCCUCUCCAUUCAGCGGAACCUCUUGAUGGAGAUUGACACACAGUGGGCUGUGUAUUGCCUGAAAGAGGCUUCCAUAUGGUUUAUCUACUGGCAGCUCCUCCUUACCAUCCAGCCGCUUUACAGAGAGGACGCGUUCAUGCAGUUCGCAAAUUCCACUCCGCAACGCGACACGGGGUUCAGAAUUGUGAUGGAGCCUCCGAUGCUCCCACCCCCGGCGGUCAACCGGAACGCGAACCCCUCACGGGUUCCACCGCGGCCUCGAGUCCAAGUCGCACCAGGACCUGCCAUGUCGAACGUCGAUGGCUUUCUGAUGCUGCAAGCCGCGGAAUGGGCCCCGGGCGAGCUGACACCAUACUUUCAAUUGGCAGACUAG